GAUGCGGAACGGAACGGCGAGAGCCAGGAAAGCCUCAAGAGGAUGAUGCUAAGAGCAUUGGAGAAGAGGCUGGAGGGGGCUGUAGGUAUUUAAAGAUCUUCUGAGCGACCAAGUAAGUCCUCGUGUGAAGCUCAGUCUUAACCCGCAUGGCAACGACGUCAUGAAUCAGGUACAGCACCGGCCAGCGACGGAGGAACCCCUGCGGGGGGAUCCGGUAAAUGCAUCAGAAACCUCUAUAUUGGCGCUUGAGUUUACUGUAUAUUAUUCCAUGUUUGGGUGCGUGGUGACGCUUGUAUUUCCCUAUCAACCAUCUUAUGUUACCUUCCUCGGUACCACGGCUCUGUGAACCGCCGCUUCACAGAUAU